CCGCAUACUAUUUCCACUCCUACAACACCCUUAUCACCGGCACCUGAACCCUUCCAUAUUCGCAUCUUGAACAAAUCCGAUGAGGAAGCAGUGGUAGAGCAUCUUAGAAAGACAUUUUUCAAAGAUGAACCAUUGAAUGUAGAUUUGAAAAUAACUGAAGAUGGUUAUCCGCAAGAUCUCGAAAAGUAUUCUGUAAAAAGUAUCGGCGAGGGAAAUUCAUUAGUUGCCAUUACCGAUUCCGGAAAUAUAGUUGGGGUUUGUUUGAACGGAACGAUUUACAAAAAUUAUGACGAAGAAGAUAACGUGUCAGACCCCAAAUUUAGUAAAGUCGUAAAAUUGCUAGACGCUGUUGAAGAAAAAGCGGAUACUUUCGGAAAAUUUCCGGAUCUUGAUAAAUAUCUUUGUAUUAAAAUAAUAUCGGUAGAUGGAACAUGGAGGGGAAAGGGAAUUGCUAAACUUCUAGUCGAAAAAGCCAUGUAAGUAUUGUUUGUUAUACGCUUUUUACAAUUAUA